AUGGCUGCAGCGUUCGCGCAGUUGAAACUACUGUUAUGGAAGAAUUUUCGUCAACAGUUACGUUCUCCAGGAUUUACAAUGCUUGAAAUCUGUAUACCACUGUUGCUGGUCUGCUUCAGUUUUGCACUCUUACUUUGGGAAACAAUACUGGCUAUUGAAAACUUUGCUUCGGGAUAUACAGACAGUUGUAUGUUUCUAAAUAUCAGUAAACUAAACAAUAUUUCUCACACUUUUCACAUCGGUAUCGAAAUUGCAUAUUCACCACAAACACCAAUAACAGAUGCUGUAAUGAAUAUUGUGAAGAUGCGAUACACAAAUACAGAUAUACUUCAAGAACUGAAGAAAAUUUUAUUUUUAAGCUAUACGAUAAAUAAUAAAACAGAUACAAAAUUUACUUCAAAACUUUUUACAAGUACGGAAACUAAAACUGGCAAAGAAGUUGGUACCGAAACAAGCAAAAAAGUGGGCAAUAUAUCUGAAACAAAUCAGAAUGAUACCAAAACUGAUCGGGAAAAUGACGGCAAAAAUUCUACGAACGCUUUGCAUAAACUCUUUGAUUCAAUGCGAAUUCUUUCAACAGCAAAAAUCACACCAAAGUUUAAUGAGAGUGAUCUUCUUGACUACGUACAGCGUUCCUUCAGUAGUCAGUGCGGAAAUCCGUUAAUUGGUGGUAUAGUAUUCGACAGUGAUUUCGCAUAUAGUGCUGAUGUAUCUUCUAUAAAUCAUAUAUUCUACAAAAUUCGUCUGGCAAAUACGAAAAGACGAUUCCUGGAAACUUUUGGAGAAAGCUUUGAACCAUGGGAUACUGUGAAAGAUUUUAAAAAAAUGCUUGUUUCUGGGCCUAAUAGUCCAAAAGAUAUUGAUGGUGGAAGUCCAGGUUACUGGCGUGAAGGUUUUUUAACGCUUCAAAAGGCUGUCGAUUCCUCUAUCUUACAGUAUCUGAUGCAACAGAAUUUGUCAGAGGAGAUGAGUCAACAAACGAUGAUUAUGCUUCAACGUUUUCCAUAUCCGGAGUAUAAAUCUCGAAUUAUUGAAAUUGGUUCAUUUUUUCUUCCGUUUAUUUUGGUUUUUUCAUUUAUGCCUAAUGUUAUUUAUAUAGCUCGGUCAGUUGUGGCGGAAAAAGAAAAUCAUAUGAAAGAAUACAUGAAAGUAAUGGGUCUUCGGCAAUGGGUUCAAUGGCUUGCCUUUUUUAUCGUUAACUACCUGAAAAUAAUUAUUAGCGUUGUGGUUCUGUCAGUCUUUAUGCAUUUUAUUAGUUUGUUCAGUGAUAGCUCAGUGACAUUUGUAUUUCUUCUUCUAUACGGCUUCAACAUCGUCUACUUUGCGUUCUUUGUUUCAACGUUUAUGCACUCAGCAACUUCUGCCACGACAGCAGUUUCUUUCGGAUGGCUUAUGUUGUACGUUUGGUUUGCUGUAUUCUCAUCUGAUGAAACUGAUGCGCCCCAUUCAUUCUCUUCAAAAAUGGCAAAUUAUUUAAAUCCAGAUAUUGCGCUCAAUUUCGGGCUUCGAUUGAUCGCUCAGUAUGAGACUCAAGCGUCAGGAAUUCACUGGGAAAAUACUUUUGAUACUCCAUCACCAGAUGAAACUAUGGCAAUGGGUCAUGUUCUCAUAAUGCUUUUUGUUGAUGGUAUUGUAUUGGUUAUCCUCACUUGGUAUUUUGAAGCAGUUGUUGCAGUGGGGGAAGGAGUCCCGCAAAAGCCUUACUUCUUCAUCCUACCUUCGUAUUGGUUUCCGGAAAUGAGUGAAAGAGUGACCAUAUCUGAGGAUGAUGACGUCAAAACUGCUGAAAAAAAGGAGUGCAUUGAAGAUGUUCCAGAAUCUGAGGAAGUAGCAAUAAAUAUUGCAAAUAUGACCAAAGGUCAAGAAAAAAAAAAAGCUAUUUCAAAUUUGAACUUAAAGGUGUAUCGGGGACAGAUAACAGUAUUACUUGGACAUAACGGAGCUGGCAAAAGCACAACAUUUUCUGUUCUGACUGGAGUUACUGCUCCAACAAGUGGGACAGCAUACAUUGAUGGCUAUGAUAUCCGAGACUCUUUACCAAAUAUUCGCAAAGAACUCGGUCUUUGUCCGCAAUAUAACCUUCUCUUCGAAACGCUUACUGUCAUGGAACAUCUGGAGUUUUUCUGUAAGUUGAAAGGAUGUGUAUGGAACCCAAUAGAAGCAAAAUAUCUGAUCUCUCAGUUAAAUUUGGAAUGUAAGUGCAAUGCUUAUGCAAAAACGUUAUCAGGUGGACAGAAACGAAAACUUUCGCUUGCUGUUGCCUUGAUUGGCGGUUCCGAAAUAGUCAUGCUUGAUGAACCAACAUCUGGUAUGGAUCCUGAAGCUCGACACGAAACUUGGAACCUUCUGCAGAGUGAGAAGGCUAAACGUUCGAUCCUUCUAACAACUCACUAUAUGGAUGAAGCUGACUUACUUGGUGACAGAAUAGCCAUAAUGGCGCGUGGUGAACUGCAGUGCGCCGGCACUAAUAUGUUUCUUAAGAGCUUAUAUGGAAUCGGAUACCAUUUAACAGCUGACUAUGGAGGGGCAACGAAUGGAACAGAUGAAAAAACUAGUAUAGACUAUACUGAAUUACAAGCAAAAACUUUGAAUUUACUGCGAGACUACGACCCAAAUGUCAAAAUUCAGUCUGUUACUGGCACGGAGGUUGUUUUCUUAAUUCCUGCUGAAAGCCGACCCAGUUUUCCAAGUCUAUUUCAAGAGUUGGAGAUGAAUCUGGAAGAAUUUGGAAUUUUGUCUUUUGGUAUCUCAGUGACAACAAUGGAGGAAGUGUUUUUAAAAGUGGGCCAAUUGGCUGACGCAGAAAGUUCCAAUGUUGAUGAAACCGAGACUGAAAAUCAAUUGCAUAGUCCUACCGAGCUUCACAUUACUGAUGCAGAAGACUGUAUUUCCAAACUUAAACCAAAACGUCUUUGUACAGGAUAUUCUCACUAUUCACAACUUUUCUUAGCGAUGGUCGUUAAACGUAUUAUAUUUUUUCACAGGAGGAGGAUACAGUUUGUUCCUCAGCUAAUCUUUCCAAUUGUAUAUCUAAUACUAAUGGGUUAUGCUCUAAAAAUUAUUCCGGAAGCUAAGUCAGUAAAGCCGCUUAAUAUAACACUUGCCCCAUACACCAGUAAAGGUGUCACUGCUAACGUUUAUGUGGAGAAUUAUACAUUUUAUGGAAUCAGUUUGCCCGAAGAAAUCCAAAAUACUCUGGAAUUACAGCCUUUAAAAUAUCCUUUUGGACUUAAAGUGAGAUAUGAUAUUAGGGCUAGCAUGAUGACCGACCUUCUUAAUCAAGGCAGUUACACUUUUGGUAUACAUAAUCCAGUGGGUUUUCGCAUGCUCUUUCUGGAAGCACUUAAUGCGCAUUUUUUAGUCGCAAUGUUCAAUAAUUUUGGUCUUGCCACUCCACCACUUGCUCUUAGCAUUGCUGAUUCAAUGAUAGCAAGUUUGAUGCUAGACCAUCCGGUUACCUUCAGUGUGGUCAAUCAUCCAUUUCCACCCACUAAUGCGGAUACACUUAAGAACAGACUUUUGAAUGCUAGUAAAGGUAUAGUCCUUGGAAUGGCAGUUUUUGUAGCAAUGAGUCUGGUUGUAUCUGGAUUUUGCACUUUUUUGAUACGUGAACGAGAAAAGAAAUCUAAGCACAUGCAGAUAAAGUUGGAUUUUCAGAUAAUGUGUGGUUUACCAGUAUGGGUAUACUGGAGUAGCGCCUUCAUUUGGGAUACUUGUUUUUUCAUUCUUAUCUGUAUUGCAGUUAUGGUUAUUUUCUUCCUUCAGAAUGUUCAGGAAUAUACAAGCAACGUAGAUACUACUAUGACAUGUUUUUUCGUAAUGAUGAUGUUCGGUUGGGCAGCAAUUCCUUUUACGUACGCUUUCCAUUUCGCCUUCAAUUCCGAUCAGAAGGGAUACACAACGAUUGUGAUAUUCAAUAUAAUUUCUGGUGUUAUUGGAGCAAUUUUGGCUCCAAUCAUCUUUAACAUUGUGUCCAAGAGCACAUCAUACGAUUUCGAAGUUUUUUACGCUUUGUUUUUCCCAUCCUACAACUUGUGCUUGUGUUUCACUAGAAUGUUUAACAACGAACUGGGAAGGAAAGCUUGUGCUAAAAUAGACUGUUCACUACCUCUAUUUCGAGUCGGAGCGCCAUAUUGUUGUGGUAAUAAAACUGAAAGGAUUUAUGUCGAUUCGGUGUUGAGAGACACCAGCGAAAAAGGCGUUUUGACUGAGAUUUUUUUCUUUGCGAUUGAGGGUGUUCUUUAUUGGCUUAUAGUAAUUGCUGUUGAAAAGCGAUGGUUUGGAAAGACAGGGGGGAAAGUGCUCCAUCUUCUCAAGUACAGACGUGGUUACAAGGUUUUUGCUGAGAAAAAUAUUAAAGAGAGGGGACAUGAAGAUUUUGCCAUUACUGCAGAGGAAGAGCUUGUGAAAAAAAUGAAGGUCGAUUCAGCACCUGUGGUUGUUCGAGGUGUUCAUAAAUAUUACGGUGAAUUUCAUGCUGUGAAAGGAAUUAGUUUUCAUGUUAAAAACGGCGACUGUUUUGGCUUAUUAGGCAUAAAUGGCGCUGGAAAAACUACUACCUUCAAGAUGCUCACAGGUGAAAAUACUGUUUCGUUCGGUGAAGCUUUCUUGCAAGGUCUCAGUGUCACCAAGAAAUGGCAAGAGGCGGCACCUCAUACAGGAUAUUGCCCACAGUUCGAUGCAGUACUGAAGGAGAUGACCGGGUCUGAAACUCUAACUAUGUUCGCUCGAAUUCGCGCAAUACCCGAGGAAGAUAUACCCAGAUACGUAAGUGCCGUAAGUGAAGCAGUCGGCAUUGGAGCUCAAGCUAAACUUCCAGCAAAGACAUACAGUGGUGGGAACAAAAGGAAGUUAAGUCUUGGGGUAGCUUUGAUUGGAUCUCCGAAAGUAUUGCUUCUUGAUGAGCCUACAACCGGUGUUGAUCCGAAAGCGAGAAGAUCAAUUUGGAACAUUCUUUCUAAGGUUCGAGACCAAGGCACAGCAUUGGUGCUGACAUCACAUAGCAUGGAGGAAUGCGAAGCUCUAUGCACACAGCUCGCAAUAAUGGUUAACGGUGAAUUCCGCUGUUUAGGAAGUAUACAGCAGAUCAAGUCUCGGUAUGGUGUAGGUUAUACAUUGCUGAUAAAACUACCAAGUAGCGGGGACUCUGCCCUAAUAAAGCAAAGAAUAACUGAUGAAUUUCCGGAUUCAGUUCUUAAAGAAGAAAACCUGCUACUGUUAAACUACGAAAUUAGUCGCAGACCAGAAAGAUCGUGGUCUUCACUAUUCCAGCAAAUGGAAGAUGUUGCUGAAGAGUUAAACAUUGUUGAUUAUUCCCUUAGCCAAACUACCUUAGAACAAGUCUUCCUUGAAUUUGUUCGACUUGGUGAUGAAGAAGCAGAAAAGUCUGUUCUCUAUGACUUGAAUUCGUGA